AAGGGUCCAUGGACGGAAGAGGAAGACAGGCUACUCAGAGAAGGAGUAACUAAAUUUCCAAAAAAACAAUGGAGCAAGAUUGCCGAUAUGAUUGUUGGUAGAACAGAUGAUCAAUGUGCAAAACGAUGGCGAGAAAGUUUAGAUCCUAAUAUCGACCGAUCAAGCUGGACUGAAGAAGAGGAUGGCCUUUUAUUACGGAAGUAUGAUGAGUACGGUACACAGUGGCAGAAAAUUGCUUUAUUCUUUCCUGGACGGCCUGGUCUACAUUGUCGCAACCGAUGG